CGUGGGCCGCGCCAUCUUGCGGGCUGCCGGAGGCGGGGAGUCCAUCGCGGGGCCCGGGCCAACCGUUCACUCCCGACCCGAGAGCAGAGUAGCUGUGAAAACUUGGCAGUCAUUUGGUGACAGUAAUGGGAGGAAGAUGGGGAUUCUUGUAAUGCUCCCCAGUGAAAAGCUCAGAAAAGAGAAUUGUGGUGACUCAACACAAUAUUCAGAACACGAAUCGUUUCCUAAAGAGCCUGAAGGCAAUCUUUCACCCAGCAGUACGUUUAUGCCAGCUGACAAUAAUGAAGGCAUAGACAGUCAUAACAUGAAGGGUCCAGAGACUAGCAGUGAUUUUUCUCAGUCUGAGGAGAGUCAGGAGUCUGAAGACCAGCAGGAAAAUACCACUGGAUAUCAGUGUCCUCUUUGCGAGUUGACUUGUGAAACUACAUGUGAACUGUCCACACACAUCCAGCAGCACCAUCAAGACAUUAGAGGCACUAAGGGGAUCAACUGCAGUAUCUGUGGGGGCACAUUGAACUCCAUUAGUUCACUGGAUAAACAAACGCUUGGCCCAGGGAGGAAGCCCCAUCACUGUGCUGUUUGUGGACAAACAUUAACAACAGAGGGCCACAUACACAGCGAGAAGUUGUCAGAUGGAAAACCUGACCCUGAGCAUAAUUGUCCAGGAGCCUCUGUACCUGAAGAACCAGGACCUUUCUGGAAUUCUGUCGUGGCUGCCAGCAUGCUGUUUGUCUGUGAAACAUGUAUAACGUAUAGAAAUCUGAUGGAGGCACAAGAGACUUCAGUACAAAAAUGGAUGGUCCGUCGACAGAAUGAGCCCCUGCACAUACGUCUUCAAAGACUUGAACGUGAGAGGACAGCAAAAAGACUAAAACGUGCGAAUGAAACGCCAGACGAAAGGGAGACGAGGAGGCUGCGAGAUCGUGAAGCUAAACGUCUUCAGAGAUUGCAGGAAAGUGAAGAGCAAAGGGCAAGGAGGUUACAGCGUGACCGGGAAGCCAUGAGAAUGAAGCGGGCGAAUGAAACGCCAGAAAAACGGCAAGCAAGACUUAUACGAGAGAGGGAAGCAAAACGAAUAAAGAGGCGCUUACAGAAAUUAGAUCCCAGUCUGUCACUUCACAUUUCCCAGAACCCUUCAACACCCGAGAUAAACCCAUUCCAACUUCACGUUGCAUGACCAAGUCUGUGAGGUGAAUACAAGAUGAUAGGAUUUUGAGUGAGUUAAGUUAUUUUUGCCAUUGACACCUUCUAAGAUUCAUCAAGAACUUCCCUUCUUUCAUCCCUCUUUCCCCGUUGAGAUCAGUGUAUACAAGAAGUCAGGAUACAGGCAUAAAUGGAACAGAUAGGAAACAAUUUAAUGUAAUUUGUAGGUGUAAACUCGUACACUAAAUGUUACCAGAUGCACAUGAGCUUUAUCAACCUUUCAAAAUCAAAUGUGACAUGCCAGUGGUUCCGACCCUUCUUACGGAUCUUUGAUCUGUUCUAUUCUGUGAAACUUGACUGACUGGAACAGUGUACUAAAAAUUUCUUCACACUUUAUCAUUGAAUUAUUUUUUGCACUUUAAAAGAAUGUAGCAUGCUGCAAACCUAAUGCUAACAUCUUCCUCUGUACUGUGUCAAUUCUGUAUUGGACUAAAGACUUGGACCAGAUUGCUUCAAGGGAUAAUCCUAGUUGGCAAAGCAGGAUUUGGAAUUUUUUUAAAAAAACGCAAAAUUGGGUUUUAUUCUAGUUGAGUAAUCUUCUUAAAAUCAUCAUAUUUGGUGUUUUAUUGAACACCAUCUGAAUUUGUGAGAAUGAAAGAUACCUUCUGCAGUUUUGCAUCCGUUUAAAAUGUCAUGUUGUGUAUAUUUAGAGGUUUUAUUUUUAAAAUCUGAUCGGUCAAAUGUGAAUACCAUUAACACUAUGGGAAAAUCAUAGAGCAACUUUUUUUUAAUUAUUGGUUGGUGUGAUGGACUACUGUGAUUUACUGACAAUCAAAAGUAUGGGGAAAGUUGACCAUAACUAUGCCAGUACUAUAUAUACUGAUACUGUAUCCCUUUUACUGUUAACUAUAGUCAGUUUUUACUUAAAUCCUUAGUUACUGAAACAAAAUCACAGCACCAAAAUACAGUAUAUUGUUCUGUAGUUGGAGUCAUCUUAUGUGUAUUGUAAAUGUAGACAAUGUAAAGUAAACUUUGAAUUUUAGAAUACAUGAACUUUAGUAUAUUUGUCCAGCCUUUGGAAUCCUACAACAUAGGUGUUCUUAUUGAGUUAAAUUUCCUUAUUCCCUGUGCAUGAGACUGGGAAAACUAAUUGGAAAAGUUUUUUGGCUGAAUUGUUUUUGCAUCUUCUUAGCCCAUUAUUCUUAUGAAUACAAAUUACUGUAGAUGAAUUAUCUCCCAACUGACAGGCCAGUUACUGCAAAAUAUAUAAUGCAUUCUAAAAUUAGAUAAUUAUUAAACUUCAAAUUUUAUUAACUUGUAACUUUACGCUGGGUGUUAUGCAUGUUUCUGCUUUUUACAGAUGUUGUCAAAGAACUGACACAAUAGUAAACUUAGUCAAUCAAGAAUACAAUCAGAUCAAGACCAAUAUGUGGGUAUAUCUGAAAUACAGCAACAUUACAGUUUUCUUUUGAAGGCUUUCAUGGUUUUGUUUUAAACUGUAUUGGAACAAAGAAAAAAAUUUUUUUUUAAAACCGCUCUGAAAGCCUAUAUAAACAAUUGCUGUAUAUGGGUUGUUUGGGAUUUUAUUUUAAGUUUAAUUGGAAGGGUCAGUAUAGUUUUCCACCUUCCUGGUACAGGAUUGUUCUUGCAUUACUAUUUGCACUUUUGUUUACAAUUUAUUUUGUACCAAUGUUAAAUAGUGCUGAUAUUUCUUUCCUAUUUGUUUUAAGGGGUGGUUGCAAGAUAGUGACGUUGCUCCAUUUAAAUAUAAUUUGCUUUGCCUCACUUGGCACAGUUAUUUGUGCCUUUAGAAAAACUGAUUGUGCUUCAGUUUGGCAGGUUUAGACAGUAUCUGAUAAAGGGUGGUAAAUGCAGGACUAUUAAGGAGUCCUAUAAUUCAGUGGUUAAGAGCCCUCGCCUCACAAGCAAGAGACUUGUGUUUGAUUCCUGGCAGGUCAAGUUUCCUUAGGUCUGAUAAUAAUCCCUCAAGAAAAAAAACACAAUAAUAAUUUGGUUACUCAAUCCGCGAUUGUUUGUGGGACACUGCUGUGUGCCACAUUUCGCCCACAAAAUAUACACUCAAUUCACUUUACAGCAUAUUCUGUGAAGCGCUUUGAGACGUCUGGAAGACAUAAAAAGCGCUGUAUCAAACGCAAGGAUUAUUAUUAUUAUCUUCCUGGGAAUUAGGUUAGCAGGAUUCACCCCUCCAGGGAGCGAGGCCACAUUCCAUUCCAAUAAACAUUUCUGGAAUUUCCAUUUAUAGGUUGGAUACUCUUAAAUAUGUUGUUUGGUUUCUGCAUGUCAAACACCUGGCUGACCCCCCUAAAAAUUUUUGAAUGAUAACCCAAACUAAGUGUCUGGAUUGGAGAUUGUUUGGAAAGAAUGUUUGUGAUGGAUCAGUGUUUUUAAACUGGUCACGUUUUGUUAUUGUUUAUCCUUUUAUUAUGACAAUCCCAAUUUGAUGUUUAUCAUCUUAACUUAUUCUUGACCAAUACAAAUGAGUUGCUAUUGUGGAUACAAGAAUAUCAUUGUUUCCAUUAGUAACUCUUGUUUUACCUUUCCAAGAAGGUAUUCUCAAGAAAUUUGUUCAGUUUUUUUUUUACAGAAAAUCCUAGUCCAUUAUUCAAGACUGUAUUGUUCUAUGUAUGUUGCCAAUAAAACC